CUGGAUUUCCUCUGAUUGGAGACGAAGAACUUUUGAUUUAAAAUUCCUAGUGGUUUCUUUUUUCAGACAUUGAAGUUCGAUGCGAAAUUUCUAGGCAAUUUGAUGCUUAUCGAGCUUGGUUUCUCUGUAAAAGUACAGUGAUAGCACACUGGAUUUGAUGUAUCUGUAGGAGAUUCAUUUUUGAUGAUAUAUGGUGAAUUAAUCACUGAAAUUCAAUAGCAGCUUCUUGUUAGAAGCAAUUAUGGAAAGUAUUGUUUGUUGAAAGUGUCCUUGGCUGUUUUAGUGAAGGAAUACAAACAAGUACACGGAACGGAAGGAACUUGAAGAUCAAACUUGAGCUUUGAUAUUUGUGGAGACAGGAGCCAAGAAUUUAGUAAAUCAUAUAUUUGAGCGACUUGUGAUUUGGAAAAUGAUAUUAGGAAGUUAAGGUAGUUAAUCAUAUAUUUGGAGGAUUUGUGCUUUAUGUCUUGGACAGCCCUGACUUCAGGUUCACCUGAAGGAGCUUCAACAAUGGUUGCCUAUCCAAGGGUUCUUUCAUGGAUUGGAGGUUCAGCGUACGGACUAGCUUUCUUGUUAUUCUUCACUUCAUUGCUUCUGGUCACACAACCAAUUGGGCCUACUGUUCGUUGGAACUUGUAUGGUGUUGAUAAUUUGCGGGAAUUUAAUUCAACGUCUUGGAGCAAUAAAACAAUUUGUGAUUCUUUCAACUAUGGUAAUAACAAAUAUUUGAGAAAAUUUGAUGUAGUGGUGUCGGGGUUAAAUGAAACUGAAAGUAAUUCCCGACACAAUGAUGAUGGAAUUGAUGAUUCUUCUUCUAUAAAGGCAGACUCAACAAUGUCAGGGAACAAUCAAUCUGUUGUUGGCAGCAUAGGUGGGAUGGAUGAGAAUCAGACUUCGAAGUCUGAUGAUACAAAUGACGUGUCUAAUUUACAAGUGUAUUCUGGUCCUUCAAUUGUAUCAGAAACAUAGAAAUCAGUGGAUCAGCAAGGGCAAGAGGCCAAAGAAAAUCCUACCUCUUCUAAUGUUGCAAAGGGUGUUGAAAAUGCUGAACCCGCUUCCCUGGGCUUAGUAAACAGUUCCAAUAUUAUACAGCCAGGAUUGGCUGUGCCAUCUUC